AUGGUGGGGAAAAAGUCAGGAAAGGCUCUUCGGGAUGAAGGCCUGGAGCGGACAGACAACAACAUGGAUCUUUCUAGCUGGCCACAAGUCCAAGCAAUUAACCAGAAGAACUACUAUACCGACUACCUCAAACGAGACGACCAGUACCUGGCAUUCAGAUUGCAAAAUGAAGAAGCGAGAACAAAGAUGACCAAGUCCGCAAAGGACAGGGACCGUGCGCUUGCAAUGGCAAAGACUGAACCCGCGGAGGCGGAGGCGGAAGCCGACGGUGAUGCCAAUAUGGAAGAUGCGGAGGAGGAGACCCCGGCCGAGACAGUGGGAUCGAAAGUCAUUGUCAUUCACAUCGGUAGUCAAAAUUUGCGCAUUGGGUUGUCGAGUGACGCAUUGCCAAAGACAGUACCGAUGGUGAUUGCGAGGAAGUCGAAAACAAGCGAGAGCGAAGACCAGGAGGAACCCAACCCGAAACGGCAGAAGCGAGAAGAUGGGACAUUCGAAGAACCAGAGCAGCUGUUUGGACCAGAUUGGUCCGCUCAUUUUAGCAAAAUGUCGGCUGAACUGAAAGUCCAUAUGCGCCAGAACAAGCGACGAAUGUUGCCCAACUCUAAGGAAAUGGUGGUCAAUUUCAACCGAAGGACGGUCCCGGAGACCAUCUCCGAGCACAAUGAUCCUAUGCGCAUUGAGUGGACGGAGCUCUCAAAUCCCCCGCCGGAGUACAUUGUUGGACAGCCUGCACUGAGGGUUCCAGACACAUCAAAUCCUCGCUACAAACUCUACUGGCCAUUCCAACAUGGAUGCUGCAACGAAAAGGACUAUACCAGCAAGCGGAUGUUGUUCCUUGAUAUCGCGUUGAUUCUUGAAGAUGCCAUCAAGACUCAACUUGGCUUGACUAGCAAGAAGGAUUGGCCCCAGUAUUCCUGCGUCUUCGUUAUUCCUGAUCUCUACGAAAAGUCCUACGUCACCCAGGUCCUGGAGAUGCUGAUGCGGGAGUUCGCAUUUGCCCGGGUGUGUUUCGUCCAAGAGAGUCUCGCUGCAACCUUUGGUGCUGGAUUUACCUCAGCAUGCGUGGUUGAUAUUGGAGCACAAAAAACAUCCAUUUGCUGCGUGGAAGAAGGCAUGUGCGUGGAGAACUCUCGAGUAAACUUGAAGAUGGGUGGUCGCGACGUCACCGAAACCUUCAUCAGAAUGAUGCUUCAUGACCAUUUCCCUUACGCCGAUAUUGAUCUAUGGCGGAGAUAUGACUUUUUGCUUGCAGAAGAGCUCAAAAGGACCAUGUGUACUAUGAAUGAAGCUAGUGUCUCCCCACAGGUCUUCGACUUCCACCUCCGGGCAGCCGGGCAAGACACCCAGAAGCACACUUUUAAAGCUUUUGACGAGGUUCAUCUUGCACCGAUGGGUUUCUUUGAGCCAACUAUUUUCGAUAACUCCCAGAAGCUUGUUGGCCGACACAGAUUGAUCAGCCGGUCUGUUGACAUCUAUGAUGGCCAAUCUAACGACCCUGUCUCUGCAGCUCAAUCUGAAAUCCUGACAGCCCUUGCUCCUCAGCGUCCCAAGGCUAAUGGGGAGUCCACCCCCGUGGAUGUCCAAGCAACCCCUAGCAAGCCUACAAACCCCAGUGCAUUGAGUCGAGUACAAGAGCAAGAAGCUACACCCCACUCUUCCGCUCCAGGCUCACCGGCUCCAGAGACAACUGGUGCACAGGCUGGUGCCAGUACAGCCGUUACAACAGCCCAGACAUCUCGUCCCACUAUUGAAUACCACGAUGACGUGUUGCCUGUGUACGCUUUGGACAAUGCGAUUUUAACAUCAAUUGCUCACGCCGCUCGUUCAGAUGACAAGAAAAUGCGAGACUUCAUUGGUGGAAUCAUGGUCAUAGGUGGUGGUACUUUGACCAGUGGUUUCAAUUUGUUCUUGGAAGAACGGCUUCAAAGCUUGCGCCCGGGAUAUGCGAAAGAAAUCAUGAUUGGUGUUCCGCCAAGAGAUUUAGAUCCCCAGGUUGUUGUGUGGAAGGGUGCGAGUAUCUUCGGCAAACUGAAUGCUACCAACGAUAGUUGGAUUGGCCAGCUGGAGUAUGACCGCCUGGCCGGUGCCCGUGACUGCUCACCCCUACCCCCGACUCCCGAGAGAAUCCGUCAACCCGCCGCCACUGAACCUCAACCUGUUCCUGAACUUUCGGCUUCUACUAUUCACGACAACGAAGGCGAAGUUGAUUUUGAAGACCGCAGUCUUAGCCCUUUGAGUCCCAUCCGCCCAGCUGAUUACUCCGACAACGAGUCUGAUCUUCCCUCUCCUGCUGAAAACGCCGUACAACGCGACAGCCCUUUGAGUCCCGUGUACUCGUCUAAUUCGUCCAAUUUCUCCUGCGCGCCGUCAAGCUUUGUUGAUUCGAGCUCUGAAAGACCUGAAACGGAAAGCCCCGAUACUGAACUGUCCAGAGACGGGUCCACCAUUGGCACUGUUUCGGACACUGAUACUGAUUCGGACCUCACCACUAACUGGUCCGAUUCUGAAGCAUCAAGCACUGAAUCCAAGGACAGCCCAGACACCAGCAUCGGCAACUCUCAAGACUCUACCCCAAACGAGGAAACCCCCUCAUCCUCACCUACACCCUCGCGCUCGUCCUCACUCUCACCUACUCCGCCCUCCCCUCCACACACCCGUGCUCAAACCCGCUCUCAAAGCCGCACCCAAGCCGGCAAUUAA